ACAGCGUGUCAUGGAUUGAUGAUGUUGAGAAAAAUUUGACGAUUUUCUUGCUUUGAAUUAAAUUUUUCUGUGAAUUUUCCCUUUCAACUCUACUAAAGUAUUUUUACGAAUAAUGUGAGAAACAUGAAAGAUUUUAAAACAUAGCAGUCUUUUGAAUUCCAAACGAGUUUAGUCACGUGAUCAGUUUUCACGACUUUAGAUAUCGUCCCGCCAAAGAAAAAAUAUGGUGGACAAAACAUUUGCGAUUUAAAAAUCGUUGGACGACCUGGAAAGCGCGCAAAACGGGCCGGAUUUGAGUUUACGAACUGCAGCUGUCGAAGAGGCACAUACUGUGAAGAAAUUUGCCCUGAAACAUGACAAAAAAUAAAGGAAAAACUCGCGUAGUGGGGAAAGGAAAAAGAAGUCGCAAAGCAAAGAGCGAGCAAAACGGAGAUUCCAUAAACUCUGUUGUGAAUAAAGCGUCUUCGAGUUCUGGCAGAAAUAUUAAAACUCGCAACCAAGGAAAGUCACAGCCGCACAAAUACCAAUGUAUGAUCCAGAGUUCUUCGGAUAGCGAGGGAGAACAUUCAGAUUACAGCGUGGAGUCGGGAUCCAGUCGUAGCACCGAAAUAAGCCACAUAUCCAACGAGAUUUUGUACUUUCAAAACUGUCGCAUUAAAUCGUUUGAAUUCAUUGAUCUUCCCGAUGUCAAAGAGCUCAAACUUCCACCGUCAGCGGAUGAUUUGAUUUUAGCAAAUGAACACGUUUUAGAUGCACUUGGCGUCUAUGAAAUUGUAAGAAAAUUCGGUCGAAUUCUACGCUUAUCACCGUUCCGAUUUGAGGAUUUUUGUGCAGCGCUUGUUGCUGACGACAAGUCAUUGCUUCUCGAUCAAAUACAUCUUAACCUAGUUAGAAGUAUAAUUGCCGAAGACGAAGCAAACGGUUACAGUUUUGCAGCCAAUGACGAGAAGGAAAGUAUUAAUUUAUUUUUGUACUUUUUGGACAACUUCACUUGGCCUGAGAUAGUUCGCAGCUACAUCACUGCGAAUGCUGAAUUGAGCAAAGCAGUUAGCUUUGUAAAUGACAGCAACUAUCCUUAUGUAUCGGUGGAAAAGAAAAUCACCGUACUUUGUUGCCUAACUGAGCAAUUUCUUUCAUCUAAUGCUGUUCGAGAGGAUGUCGUCAGCGAAGGGUCUUUUGUAUCUGAAGAUCAUUGCCGUAACUGUUUGAAGAUGGGCGAUCUUCUCUGUUGCGAAUCAUGUCCAGCAGUCUUCCAUUUACAUUGCCUUAAGCCACCUCUUGUUGAAGUACCAAUGGGAGAUUGGUUAUGUCCAUUAUGUGAAGGCAAUAAAGUUCAAGGUGUCACAGACUGUAACUUGCCUAGAGAUUCAACGAAGAGCUAUCGACAUGCACCAAUAGGUGUUGACAGGCUGGGAAGAAAGUAUUGGUUUCUCGUGAGAAGAAUAUUUGUGGAAGGGGAAAAUCAAACCUUUUACUACAGUACCACCUCCCAACUCGAUGAGCUUCUAUACUAUCUUGAGAAGGACGGAGAUGAACAAAGAUUGCUUGCUGAUUUGAAGAGCUGGUAUUAUGAGAUUGCUUCACAAAUGUCUAUAACAAAACAACUCACUGACAGUUUUAAAGGAGAACAAAAGUCCGCAUUAGACGAAGAUUUACGACUUCAUACAAAGACUGAGCAUCAGAUGGGAACUGUAACAUUUGAUGUCAAAGGUGUUCCUAAGCUUAACAUGACACCAAAGCUCAACUUCAUUUCUGAUGAUUCUAUAAAAGAAAAAAUUGUCUACAGACAAGAAACAAUGCCCAACUCUAAUGCAAAGGACACCAACAGAAACGAUGGCUCAAUUGGAAAAAGCGACCCUGACACAUGUAAGCCACUCGCACGUGCGUCUCAUGCAAAUGUUGCGGUAAACGGCGAUACUUCUUCCGUUGGAGAAAAAAACGCGAUGAAAAAUACAGAGGAAGAAACGUUAAGUAAAAUGGAAACUAGUGCUAGUGAUGGAAACGAGAACAUUUCAACUAAGAUUUCCGAGGAUGCGUCUGCAUUGAGUUUAAUGGAUACGGCAACUGCGAGUCGGACGGAGGAUCUUACUGUUUCAAAGAAUAGCGAUUUGAUUAUUCCCGAAGCAAACAGUGUUGCAGCUAGUAAAAUCAUUCAAACAUCAAAUGCAAAAACUCCAUUGAACAAUGAAGGGAAAUCAUCGGCUGGAAACAUCAUCCCAACUUCAACUGAUAUAAAUAAAGUCACGCCUCCGUCAUCCUUCUGUUCUUCCGUUAAAAACUCCAGUUCUUCAACCUUAAAUACGCCCGAUUUUAAAGCGCCAUCUUUUGGCGGAAAAACAUCAACCACUCAAACAAUAAAUUUAUCCACCAGCCAAAAAACUGGUUUGAAAAAUCCUUUAAGCAAUAUAAUUCCCGAUUCUCAGGUGAAGACGCCAGGUGUAGCAACUCCAAGAGUCGUUACCUGCAACAAGGUCUCGUCCGCAAGCUCGUCGACCGUGGCAACUCCAUUGACUCGAUCCAAUCCAGUCAAGCCAGACAUAAAGAAAGAUCCUCCCUUAUUCAAGCUUGGUAUGGAAAAAAGUUACGAGAGAUAUAUGAAUCAGUACACGACGAAUGUGCUUGCUAAGAAUAAGCAGCAAUCACACGAGGAACGCGAUCGAAAACGCGGGAUAUCCACGAAGUUCAGCCUAUCCGAAUAUCUUUCCGAUUACAACUACACUGGUGCAAUUAUCGGAACUUUGGAGCGUGUUCUUUUCACAUUAAGAUGCACAAUUGUGGCGUUCGAGUCCUCUAUACCUACAGCCUUCAUGCAUCCCAUGUGGCCUUUACAACGGUCCACUUGGGUCAAGGCCGUUCACAUCAGCAAGACUGUUGUCGAGUUUGCAUCGGUCUUGGCUUUCUUCGAGAGUUUUAUCAAACCUGUUGUCAUGCGCAGUGUUUGUAACGAUGCCCUUGGUCAUCUUGAGUUUUUUAGGAAUCUUUCGGAGCCUAAGACAGCUAUUGUAAAGAAAGCAGUUCGCGAUGAAGACGACGAGCAAAAGCAUUUGGAGUUAGUUGCUCACGGUCCCAAGUACUACUCGUGGCUUCCCAAUCAUCAAAUCUGGAAGCACAAAGGAGAGGAGUAUCGUAUAUACGGCGGAGGGGGCUGGGAAUGGGUGAGUCAAAACCGGAAGCGGAAACUUCGUGGUCCAGUAACGAGCGAAGAACGUGCCGCGAAAAUUGCAAAAUUUGAAAAAACCUUCGACCAUGCGUUGAAACGGAAAUUAGGAAAGAAGCAUAAAUUGGCGUUGGAAGCGAAGAAAGGAAAACCUUCGUCCACUGGCUCAGCUCAAUCACGUCCAGGAAGUAAUGUGACUAAAGUUAAAGCAUCUGGUGUUUCAAUGGUGAAUGCAAGGGAGGUUGGAAGUCAGCCAAACGUUUCAACAACAAGUAGUAAUCAAGUUGUCAGCACUGCCGUUGUGUCCUCAUCGUUGUCUACUGCUGGUGCCACUUUGUCUAAAGCUGAUGCAACUUCGACUGUAGCUGUUGUAUCUUCGUGUGCAGCCGUCACAACUUCGUCUACUGCUGGUGCCACUUUGUCUACAACUGUUGCAACUUCGACUGCAGCUGUUGCAUCUUCGUGUGCAGCCAUCACAGCUUCGUCUAAAGCUGGUGCCACUUUGUCUACUACUGUUGCAACUUCGACUGCAGCUGAUGCAACUUCGUGUGCAGCCGUCACAGCUUCGUCUAAAGCUGGUGCCACUUUGUCUACAACUGUUGCAACUUCGACUGCAGCUGAUGCAACUUCGUGUGCAGCCGUCACAACUUCGUCUAAAGCUGGUGCCACUUUGUCUACAACUGUUGCAACUUUGACUGCAGCUGAUGCAACUUCGUGUGCAGCCGUCACAACUUCGACUGCAGCUGAUGCAAUUUCGUGUGCAGCCGUCACAACUUCGUCUAAAGCUGGUGGCACUUUGUCUACAACUGUUGCAACUUCGACUGUAGCUGCUGCAACUUCGUGUGCAACCGUCACAACCUCGCCUACAGCUGUUGCAUCUUCGUGCGCAACCGUCACAACUUCACCUACAGCUGUUGCAACUUCGACUGCAACCUUCACAACUUUACCCACAGCUGUUUCAACUUCGAAUACAGCUGUAGCAACGUCCUUUACAGCCAUUAAAACUUCGACUGCAGCCGUUGCAACUUCGUCUACAGCCCAUGCAACGUCAUUUACAGUCCUUGCAACAUCAACUGCAGACGUGGCAACAUCCUUUACAGCCCUUGCAGCGCCCUCUGCAGCCCUUGCAACGUCCUCUACAGUCCUUGCAACACACUCUACAGUCCUUGCAACACCCUCUACAGCCCUUGCAACACCCUCUACAACCUUUGCAACAUCCUCUACAGUCCUUGCAACACCCUCUACAACCCUUGCAACACCUUCUACAGCCGUUGUAGCUUCAUCUGCAGCACAAACAGCUCAAUUAUUUCUGCAAACUACCAUUUCCCAAACUUCGGUUACAUCCGUCAUUAAAAGUAAAAUUGAAGAUUGUCAAAAUCUUAGCAAUCCGUCGACAACUAAAUCUACAUUCAAUACACACAAUGCAGUUACUGCAAACGAAACAUGCACUAACUCAUCUUCUGUACAAGAAGUCAACGAAUCAUCAACUAUCGUAAAACCAAUGAUCAUGAAAAAAAUCACGACUCCGACUUAUUGUAACCUUCCUCCUGUCUCAUCUACUCUUCCUGCUAUGAUAUUUGAUGAAUCUACAGAAAAAUCCACAGACUCGAACUUGCAACUUACAAAAUUUAAUAACAUUCAAACUAUAACGGACCCAAACGAUCAAGACACGUCCGUCGAAUCCUUGACGGUUGACCGUGCCACUGAAACGAGGAAUGCAGAAAAUAAUGCAAUGCAAACUGCUGUCGGUGUUGAUAGUAAAGAAGAAAAGGAAAAGUCAUCUUGUAGAUCUGAGAUUUCUACAAAAAAUGAGUCGAUGGAAGAUGAAAUGGAUGUUGAUCAAUCGACAUCUAUUGUUGAUACAAAUCAACAAGACUAUACUACAGCUUUAUGCUCAUCGCUUGCAGCAGGAUCUAUUGAUUCCACUGCCGUGACUUCUGUUGUGGCAAGUUGUAAUUUGGUUUGCCAAGCUCAAGUCAACACUUCUAUAGUCAGUACACCUAAAAUGUCAGUUGCUGCAACUGUAGCUCAGGUCUGUGAAACUCAAGUCAACAUUUCUAUAGUCAGUACACCUAAAAUGUCAGUUGCUGCAACUGUGGCUCAGGUCUGUGAAACUCAAGUCAACCCUUCUAUAGUCAGUACACUUAAAAUGUCAGUUGCUUCAACUGUGGCUCAGGUUUGCGAAGCUCAAGUCAACCCUUCUAUAGUCAGUACACCGAAAAUGUCAGUUGCUGCAACUGUGGCUCAGGUUUGCGAAGCUCAAGUCAACACUUCUAUAAACAGUACACCUAAAAUGUCAGUUGCUGCAACUGUAGCUACGGCCUGUGAAGCUCAAGUCAACCCUUCUAUAGUUAGUACACCUAAAAUGUCAGUUGCUGCAAUUGUGGCUCAGGCCUGUGAAGCUCAAGUCAACACUUCUAUAGUCAGUACACCUAAAACGUCAGUUGCUGCACCUGUGGCUCAGGCCUGUGAAGCUCAAGUCAACACUUCUAUAGUUAGUACACCUAAAACGUCAGUUGCUGCACCUGUGGGUCAGGCCUGUGAAGCUCAAGUCAACACUUCUAUAGUCAGUACACCUAAAAUGUCAGUUGCUGCAACUGUGGCUCAGGUCUGUGAAACUCAAGUCAACCCUUCUAUAGUCAGUACACCUAAAAUGUCAGUUGCUGCAACUGUGGCUCAGGUUUGCCAAGCUCAAGUCAACACUUCUAUAGUCGGUACACCUAAAGCAUCAGUUGCAAUACAUCCUCAAGUAUCUGCCAGCAACUCUCAAGUAUCUUCAAACAAUCCUGCCAUAUCGGGUAAAACUGCAACAACGAGUACAAUUCGCAUAGAAACAACAGGUGACGAUUCGACGAAGCUUACGCCCGAAAGUGUCCUCAAAUUUAUAGCAGACGAGUUGAUGAAAGAGACUGAUACUGGUAAGGCUUUAUUGAACGGUGUUGCUGCUUCUAUAACAACAUCUGACGGUAAGGUUAUUAUCAAACCUGAACCAUCCAAAACUGAAACGAAAUCUGUCGGUCAAUCGUCCGGACCUGUUCGUCUGGUUCUUCAAACAGUGCCCGGAACAUCUGUGCCUUCAGGAGCAAGUACACCUUCUUCUAGAGUGCAUAUUCUAAAAUCUGCCGCUCAGGUUGUUCAUACCGGUGUCAGCCAAGGAAAAAAGCUAACUCCUAUUGCGCCUGCGCAGCGGAUAGUAAUCCGUAAUGUAUCAAGUGGGACAACAAGAGGUACGCUAGGACAGACAUUGGGUGCUCGUAAUGUUUCUGGAACUAAAGUGAUUCGUAUGACCAUCCCACGCCAAUCCCCAUCUGUUGUCAAAUCACAUGAUGUAGCUAAUUCCAAACCAAGCCUCCCGCUUAAUGUUUCAAGCGUAAAAACAUCAAACACUCCUCCGGCUACAACAACAACUCCGGCUACAUCAACGACGUCAAAGCCUGUCAUCGAGAAUUAUCCAAUGAGACAUCCUGUCAUUAAAGAUCCCAGACACUUAAUCAAUAUGAAUGUAAAGAAGUGGAAGCACCGCUGUCGUCGUAAAGGCAUCUUCGUUCUCGAUAAGAACGAUGUACGUGCUUUGGCACGGAAGGGAGGCUUGAAAGAAGUCUCCGGUUUUCAUUAUAAUACAAAAUGGAACAGUCUCAAUUAUCCCCAGGACUUUCCUCGUCCGUCUUUCAUUACAGCCUGGAGAUAUCGCACUCAGAGCAUACGAACAUUAGCGUCAGCGGUCAUUCAAAUGCGGUUACUUAAUGCGAGCAUGAAAUGGGAUGAGAUGAAUAUCAAACCACCAAGAGGUAGCAGCAAUACGCUAAGGACAAGCUCAGGCACCAUUACGACAGAGAUAACAGAUCGUAAAUUUAUGUCAAAUGAUGGUUUGCGCGUGCAAUAUCGUGUACGUAAAACCAUUAGGACACUCAGUUCACCUGUAACCAUGGCAAAACCAGCUCCCGCUCCAACUCACACAAAGAGAGGAAGAGAGUUGAGACCUAAAGUGCAGUCAAAUUAUAGCUAUGAGUCCGAGCCCGAUGCUCCGUUGGUGCCCAGGGUUAUCGAAGCUUGGUGCGCAGAAGAGAAACUAGAAUUAUGGGAAGUGCGUCAGUUUUGUGAGAAGAUUGAACGCGAGCGAGCAUUGGUUCGCGAGAAACAACAACAAGAAGAACUAGCGAAGAAACAAAACGAAAUGAAAGCAGACCUAGUUCGUCGUACGCAGCUACAGAUACAGCAGCAACAGCAACUAAUGAGGGAGAAACGCAAACUGCAAAAAGCUGGCAAAUUGGAUGCGAAAAGCGUUUCUAUCAGCAGUCCGCUUACGUCAUAUCCUCAUCAAACCACGCAGCGUGUUCUUUUUCCCAGACCACAAGCCAACCCCCCCGGUAGCAAAGAAAUUUUAGCAUCUUUACAACAAAAACACGAUUUUUCUCAAGGCUCGAAGAAAUCAUCCCCUACAACUGCAGUUGUUCAACCGCAACCAACAAAAUCACUCGCCCGAAUGGCGGCCAUGAGCCAACGGCUUAAACACACGUCGCGUGACACGGUAAAACAAGCGAAAAAACUGAAGACAGCAAGAAAAAGCAACCUUCAGACCUAUCCUUUGGGAUCGAAAUUCUUGACCGUCGAGAACAGAGAAGAGUUGUCAAGAACGAUGACUUGUCGUCGAGUUAUCGACCUGAUUAUUGACAAGAUUGAGCGGAACGAAAAAAAUGAAGAACGCAGAGAAAUGCGCAAACGAUUUAAAGAAGCGAACGUCGUGUUGAAAUUGGCGCAGUUAAACCGUCAAAAGUUGGACACGUUGCUGCAAAAACGCAAAGAAACGCUCAAGAAACAGAUCAUGCGAAAACGAGCUUUGCUAGAGAAGGAUAUUGCUCAAGAACUUCAAGGAGAACUGACGCGUAGAAAGCGAAAAUUUGAUCUUAGUGAUGGCGAAGAGAAGAUCUCCGUGUCGUGGAAGCGAUCGAAACGUGACGAACCGUUGUAUUGCAUUUGUAGAACUCCUUAUGAUGACACAGAAUUUUAUGUUGGUUGUGAUUUAUGCAAGAAUUGGUUUCAUGGUAAAUGUGUUGGGAUAUCUUCACGAGUUGCUGAUGAUAUAGACGAAUAUAUCUGCAUGGAAUGCACAACGAAACAGAAAACUGUUGAAGAAGAAGAACUCUACUGUAUAUGUCAACAGCCUUAUGAUGAAAGCAAAUUUUACGUUGGUUGUGAUAGAUGUCAAGGCUGGUUUCAUGGAGUCUGUGUUGGCAUUACACAAACCGAAGCAGACAAUAUUGAUAGUUAUCUGUGUCCAAGCUGUAAAGACAGCGAAGAUAACGAGGAUCAAAGUACUCUGACCGAUAGAGACUACGAGGCAUUACGAAGAAUCGUGCGUUCGUUACAGAACCACAAAAUGUCCUGGCCAUUUUUGGAACCGGUGACCAAGGAAGAGGCGCCAGAUUAUUUUGAAAUUGUAAAGGAACCGAUGGAUUUAUCAAAGGUCCAGGCAAACAUGCAAGCUAGGGCAUAUAAAAGACUUGUAGGUUUUGUUGCGGAUGUGUCCAAGAUAUUUAACAACUGUCGUUUAUACAAUCCAAAAGACUCUGCUUUCUAUAGAUGCGCUGAGGUCGUUGAACGUUUUUUUGUGCAAAAACUUAACGCGUUUAAAGCGGCAAAAAGUUAGCAAAUUGUAGAUGUAUCGAUAGUAUUUAUGAGUUUUCGCCUUGCGGAUCAAAUUCAUGAUUGUUGUACAGCUUAUUCUGUGAAAAAUCUUCAUAUUAUAUUCUUGACAAUAUUAAUUAUUAUACUAUAAAUAUAUCAUGUCAUCUACAUUGUA